AUGGUGAAUGCUACUCCUCUAUGUGUUAACGGUUGUGGCUUCUAUGGUUCAGCGGAGACCAAGAAUUUAUGUUCCAAGUGUUACAAAUUAGAGCUGUUCAAACAAGAGCUUUCCAACUCGGCCAGAACAAAUGAUCCUACUUCAGCUGCACCAAACCGUUGUGCUUCUGUCGAUUCUGGUCCAUCAAAAAUCAAGAACAGAUGCGAAAGCUGUAACAAGAAGCUAGGUUCGAUGGGUUUCACGUGUCGGUGUGGCAAAGUUUUCUGUCAGGUUCACCUAUAUCCCAUGGAGCAUUCAUGCCAGUAUGAUUUCCAGAAGGCUGAUCGCCAAAUUUUAGCUAAACAAAACCCUGUUAUUAAGGGUGACAGACUAAAAUCCAGGAUUUAA